AUGAUGAAACUGCUUGUUUUUCUGACUCUGAUGUUCAUCAUCAACGUUGUUUGUUCCUUGGAUAAUUACGACAACGAGGUAAUAUGUUUGUUAUAUGUUCUUUAUCCUAAACAUUGUAAAAUAUUCCUUGAAGCAGGGCUGGGCAAACUACGGCCCACAAAGCUAUUUUAUGCGGCCGAAGAUUUGCGCUUGAAGAGGGGCUUGAAAGAAAUAUUUGACAAGGUCAAGGAGAAAGGAAAAGUUGUGGCCGAUGACGUCAAGAAAUUCGUCGUUGGCGUUAUGUCCGCAGUCUUGAAAAGUGGUAAAAAAUAA